GAGAGGGCUGCACCGGGAGAACGCCCGGGCGCCCGCUUCGGUCCCCUUCUGUCUCUCGGUUCCUCUUUCCUCCCAAGUAAGGGAAUAAGCGGCUAGGAGGGAGCUCCCCGGCAAGCGCGCAACCAAGUGUUGCAUGGUGAGGAAUUGACAGCGUUUUGGGAUUGGCCUGGACUACAGCAGGAACAUGUUACCUGAGGAGUAGCACAAGUCUUUCACUAGCUGCCGAGAGGAGUCCACAGCUGUCAUCCACCCUCAAGUGCCCUACAAGUCCCAAAGGCAUCACUCACUGCACAUCUGUAAUGAGCCAGGCCCUGAGCCGGGCCUCGGCUUCUUGCUGGUGACCGGAACUCCAUCCGUGGGUCUUGAAGCGAUCACACUCGGCUGAAAGAUGAGUGACGGGCAAUGGGUCUGUCUCUCAUCAGAAGAAUUUGAUCAACUUCAGAAAUACUCUGAAUAUUCCUCCAAGAAGAUAAAAGAUGUGUUGGCUGAGUUUAAUGAAGGUGGAAGCCUCAAGCAAUAUGACCCACACAAGCCCAUUAGCUAUGAUGUCUUCAAGCUGUUCAUGAGGGCAUACCUGGAGGUGGAUCUUCCUCAGCCACUGAGCACAAACCUCUUCCUGGCCUUCAGCCAGAAGCCCAGACAAGAGACACCUGACCACCCAAAGGAGGGGGCCAGCAGUAGUGAGCCCAAUGUCUCAGAUUCUAAUGCGGAGAGCACUGCCAAAGCGGAUGCUGCCUGCGCUCCAGACACUGAAUCAAAACCGAUCAAGACACAAGUACCGUCUGAAGAACUAGAGGCUGCAGCCCCAUGGGGAGAACCUAACGCUCCGGCUUCAAGCUCCGAUGCCCCCAUAGUGUACCUGAAGGAUGUGGUGUGUUACUUGUCCCUGAUGGAGACCGGGAGGCCUCAGGAUAAACUAGAAUUCAUGUUUCGUCUCUAUGAUUCGGAUGAAAAUGAACUCCUGGACCAAGCGGAGCUGGAUCAAAUUGUGAGCCAAAUGCUACAUGUUGCCCAGUACCUGGAGUGGGAUCCCACAGAGCUCAGACCUAUACUGAAGGAGAUGUUGCAAGGCAUGGACUACAACAAGGAUGGCUUCGUGUCUCUAGAGGAGUGGGUCAGUGGGGGGAUGACCACCAUCCCGUUGCUGGUCCUCCUGGGAAUGGAUGACUCCGCCUCCAAGGGGGAUGGGAGGCACGCCUGGACCCUGAAGCACUUCAAGAAGCCCACUUACUGCAACUUCUGCCACAUCAUGCUGAUGGGCGUUCGGAAGCAAGGCCUGUGCUGCAUCUACUGUAAAUAUGCUGUCCACCAACGCUGUGUAUCCAACAGCAUUCCUGGAUGUGUGAAAACAUACUCCAAAGCCAAAAGGAGCGGUGAGGUGAUGCAGCACGCGUGGGUGGAAGGGAACUCCUCCGUCAAGUGUGACCGGUGCCACAAAAGUAUCAAGUGCUACCAGAGUGUCACCGCGCGGCACUGCGUGUGGUGCCGGAUGACGUUUCACCGCAAAUGUGAAUUGUCGACAGCGUGCGAUGGUGGGGAACUCAAAGACCACAUUUUGCUGCCUACCUCCAUAUACCCUGUCACCCGAGACCGGCAAGCAGGGAAGUCCGAUAGCGGUGCGGCCGCCAAGGGUGAACUUGUAAUGCAGUAUAAGAUCAUCCCAAGUCCGGGGACGCAUCCCCUGCUGGUCCUGGUGAACCCCAAGAGUGGAGGAAGACAAGGAGAAAGAAUUCUUCAGAAAUUCCACUACCUGCUCAACCCCAAACAAGUUUUCAACCUGGACAAAGGGGGGCCUACGCCAGGAUUGAACUUCUUUCAGGAUACCCCGGACUUCCGUGUUCUUGCCUGUGGCGGAGAUGGGACAGUUGGCUGGAUUUUGGAUUGCAUUGACAAGGCCAACUUCACAAAGCAUCCACCGGUGGCUGUCCUGCCUCUUGGGACAGGGAACGACCUCGCACGAUGUCUUCGCUGGGGAGGAGGUUAUGAGGGGGGCAGCUUGACCAAAAUCCUGAAGGAAAUUGAACAGAGCCCCUUGGUGAUGCUGGACCGUUGGUACCUAGAGGUCAUGCCCAGGGAAGAGGUGGAGAACGGAGACCAGGUCCCAUACAACAUCAUGAACAACUAUUUCUCCAUUGGUGUGGAUGCUUCAAUUGCACACAGAUUCCAUGUGAUGAGAGAGAAACACCCUGAAAAAUUCAACAGCAGGAUUCCGUGUGUCCACCUGCUCCCAUCCUCCUCCCCAUCUGGGGACUUGGCCUGGCAUGUUGUGGUGUUACUAAUCUGUUUCAGAACCCCUGGCACUGUCCAGCUUGGUCCUCCUGGUGCCCAGACAGUCCUUCCCCAUAGAAACGAUGCUCAUAGUGAACAGGCCCCUCUUGAUGAUCCACGUGAUGUGUGGGCGAGUGCCAUGGCCUCUUGGGAAGUGGUCCUGACUUGAACCUUUCAGCAGAAGUCUGCCUGUUUCCCACACAAAUAAGAUCUAGUUCUCCUCAUUCAUCCUCUUGUUCUUCCUCUACAAAAAGAACCAAACUUGUGUCCUCUCUUCUCCCAGAAAGGCAGAUAGAUGUUCGACCCAGCAGAAUAACAGCCUCAAGAUUGCUUUUUGGAAAACAAAACAAAAUAAGACAAAACAAAUCUCUCCUUCUACCCAUUCUACAGACUUUCAGUGUCUUCUUCACACCCACCCCUCACACGCUCUCAAGUGCAUGUGUCUGGGAAGGUGCCCUGUGCCUGGGAAACCCACUCAUUCACUCGCCCACUCACUCAACAACAUCUUUUGAAAAUAAACUAUAGACCACACACUAUUUAGGUGUUUGGGACAGUUGACCUUGCACUCACUCCUCCCUGCCCCCCAACCCCACUGGAAACAGACUGAAAAGCAGGGGUGCACGCUAACGUGUAUGAAGUGAUAUGUCUGCAGAGGUGAUCUGAGAGAACAGAAAGCAAGAGAAUGGAGCCGGCAUGGAGGGCUUCCUAAAGGCAGAGAUGCCUGACCCGGGAUAAAGAAAUCAAGAAUACGUUUUUUUAACGACUUGAUAAAAAGAGAAGGGCAUUCCCCAGAGAAAGGACCAGAUGUGCCUGAAGAGACAGCGUUAACGCGCAUGCGCAGUGCAUUAGGGAAGAAGCCCUUGGUGCAGCUGUUGCUUGGCCUCUUGCUGUGGAAAGGAAGGCGGCUCUGUUGUUUUUGGAGAAUAAGGAAGCAGAAGAUGAAGUUUCGCCACGUUCCAAAACUUAAGGGAGAGCAAUACAUGAGCUGACUAGAGCAUCAGAAAUCACAGUAUUAAGUCCAACUAGAAAGGCAGAUCUUGUCAGGGAGAGCAUCACCGCGUGCACCUCAGUGCAAUGCAGUAAUUCAUCACGAUCUCUCCACCUUCUCCCCUCCCAUUUCCCCAAUCCCAUUAACGGACGACUGCUACAUUUGCUAGGGUUCAGGCCUCACAUUGCACCUAGCAGAGAUGACAGGCUUAUGGAUUCGAAUUUAAGUACGUAUGUUCGCUUGAGAAAUGAAGUUGUUUCAGAGGCAGCCCCUGUUUUACAAAGUCACCAGCCAUUUCCUCUGGAGAACUUUGGGUCCACGCUGCUCCAUCCUGUUUGCUUGCCUAUAUCCAAAUUACCCAGGAGCAUUCAACUUGUCCACGGAGAGGCAGGCAGGCAGGCAGCCAUUUUCUCUAGGCUUCCUUAUUUAGCAUUGGAGAUGGUUUUAAAUAGGCAGGUGGUUGUUGCCAUGGUAACCCCAUUACACCAGCAGCUAAACUUAGGAAGGGCCACAAGGGAUAGGAAGAAAGCCUGAUACCCGGGAUUUGAAAAUGUAAACGAUAUUAUCAAACAAAGCUUCGUUUUACUGGGCAGAACACAAGUUCUUCAAAGAGUGGUUGCUGCUUGGCUGCAAGCCUUUAGCAUUAAUGCCUAAAACUGGCCCCCUCAGGGAUAACCUGGAGGCUAAAUAUAGGGAGUUGUAAUUGGUCUGUUUGUUUCGUUUUCUUUUCAACAAGAGAGGGCGAGUCAGGGCUGGACUCGGCUAGGAAACCUGAACUCUCACAUUGCCAGUCUGCUUGGGGCUAUUCUAAUCAUUCUUAGCCCAGGAUCCAAAGGCUUUAGUGGUUCUGAGAACGUUUGAAAUUGUACCAAAGAUGGGGUGUGUGUGUGUGUGUGUGUGUGUGUGUGUGUGUGUGUGUGUGUGUGUGUAAGAGGCAUCCAAUUAUGACUCUGUUGGGGUUUCUUAACCCCACCCCCACCCCAAGUGAUCUCUCUAAACUAGCUGUUCCCAGGGAAGAUGGUAAUUGUAUGGAGCCAAGUGUUCACUGCAGUGGAAUAACUUUGUUAAUGGAAUAAAAACCAGACCCAAGAGGGUAGUAGCAGGGUGAGCUAUCUCAGACAAGUAAGACCUCAGGAGGUAGCAGUGUGAGUUAUCUCAGACAAAUCAGGCCCCUUGCAUUAACUAUUCCUAACUUAGCUGUUAUGAAAAGUGUUGUCUCGCUGUCAACAUCAAGGACACAGAACUUUAAUUCUACCGAGAUUCUAAUGUUAGAAAGUGUUCUGCUGUAAAUGAGUCACGGUCCCUGACUUUAAGAAACUCAUAAUGUAGCCAGGUAUGGUGGUGCAGUCCUUUAAUCCCAGCACUCAGGAGGCAAAGGCAGCUGGGUCUCUGUGAGUUUGAAGCCAGCCUAGCUACAUAGCGAGUUCCAAAGCAGUCAGAGUUCUGUAAAAGGAAGGAAAGGAAAGAAAAGGAAAGGAGAGGAGAGGAAAGGAAAGGAAAGGAAAGGAAGAGGAAGGAAGGAGUUCAUAGUCUAGCAAAGAAGGGAAAAUAAUCCUCAAAUACUUUUUAUAAAUUAUUUUUAUACAAAAGGAAUUUACGUUUAGCAAACCAUAGGAAAAACAGGCAGUGGUUCAGCUUAGUAGAACAUUUUAAUGUCAUACCUCAAAGUCCACUCAUAAAUAGACUAAGCAUAGGAUACAAAACUAAGACAACCAAGCUAAGAAUUUUUUUUUCUUUUUCUUUUUUUUUUUUUUUCCGGGGCUGGGGAUCGAACCCAGGACCUUGCGCUUCCUAGGCAAGCGCUCUACCAUUGAGCCAAAUCCCCAACCCCAAGCUAAGAGUUUUGAUUCAUUUUGAGCUCCCUCUAGAGGCCAAGUAGUUAACUAGGUUUGGUUUUUGUUGUUGUUUUGUUUUGUUUUGUUUUGUUUUGGAGCUGGGGACCGAACCCAGGGCCUUGCGCUUGCUAGGCAAGUGCUCUACCACUGAACUAAAUCCCCAACCCAACUAGGUAUUUUAUAAUACAUUAAAUUAUUUCACUCUCAUGGCAACCUUGAAACAUAAGUGCUGGGCGUUCUCAAAUGGCGAGUCCAUGUGAUAAGGUGAGAGCCUGGGAGAAAAUCUUACCUUUUAAGCACUGAGUUUGAUUUCCUUUCUAAACUACCACUAAAAAUCCAGAGUUUCAGCCCUGGAGCCUUUCCAAGGUCUCCCUUUUCUAGGUCAGUGUUCCUCAGGCCUUCUCCUAGUGCUGCCCACGGGACCCUACUCAGUGGUCACUGACACAUUCAAGGGGCAGUGCUGCUGCUCCCACUUCAGAGACGAAGAAACUGAAGGCCAAGAAUGAUGGAACCACAGUGUGCUUACCCACCUUUGUGAGCUGUCUCCAUGGGGAAAAAAAAAAUUCUUGCUAGCUUGUAAAGUGGGGACAAGGACAUCACCCCUACUUAUCUCCUAUAAUCUAAGUCUUCUUUCUAUACCACUGUCACAGCAAGGAGCAAGAUUAGUUAUGGGAUCUCUGUGACUCACAGCAAAAUUCAAACAUAUGAUCCCUAGCUCAAAAACUAUUAAGAAGUUUGUGUGCAAGCAUUAAGCUAAACCAAGAGCCCUUAAGGGCAGGGAGUAGAAGACCGCACGGAUUCCUCUGAGGUGGCAAGAGAGAUGAGUCAAUUCAAAGGCACAUUGGUCGGAGCUUACAGAGUAGACGAUUUGCAAAAGAGGCAAAAGAACAGAGUGAAGAAAGUUUUGACUGGUUGGGGGUGGGAAAGGCCAGUGAGUCCCAAUCUUCUAAACCGGAAGUGGUCACUGUUCACAGAGGCAAAAAAGGACAUGGCCCCCAUCUUCUGGAUAGCCUACCACAGUCCUCAAGGAGUUUCCAGACUGUGGAGUUUUGUGUAUCUGAAAUCUACUCCUUAAAGCCACCCAGUAUCCCUCUCAGUGAGCAUCUCAAAAGGGUCUCACGGUGGAGUAUUUUUACUGGUGCAUGGGAACCCCAAGCACUGGAGGAAUGUGUUAUAUAAACCUGCUGAGUGCCAUCCACUUGAGCACAUCCCUCAGCAACUAAGACCGAAGCAGCCAGUUAUUUCCUGUCAGGCCCUUCAAAGGGUUCUUCGAAUCAGUGCUGCCAAUAGCUAGCUGACCAUCUUCCCUAAAAGCCCUGGGGCAGUUAGCAAACUCUGGAGGGUUGGCCUCCUGGAACAGGACCAAGGCGCUGAUGAGGGGUUCCCCAGAAAUCUUACUGUAGCUUGACUCUAGAAGGUUAGAACAUACGUUGCAAAGAACCAAGUGCUUAGUGGAUAUUUAUAGAAGUAGGCAGCAGGGCACAGCCCAAGCUGGCAUCAAAAUUUGGCUGUGCCGACUACUGGCUGUGUGACCUUGGGCAAGUAAAUUAAUCUCUUUAAUCCUUUGCUUCCUCCCUUGAAAGUCUAGCAAGGUUGCCAGAAGCUUGGUGAAGAGCGUCUAUGGUAAACGGUAGGAGCCCAACAUUUGUUGUUGACCACCACUGAUCCGCAAGCAUGAGGGCUUAGCCUCGCCUUAAAUCACUGAUAAGCGCUGACAAUGUACGCCUUUGAUGGAGUGCCAAGCAAGAUGCGGCUCUCACUCAAUCACUGUUACAGAGACAGGGUCCUUAAACUGAGAUGUUGGAGGAAACCCGAAGUUGUAUAAAAUCUGGCCGGUGGGAAGAUAAUAUUAAUUGAGCAGCAGGGUUGAGUCGAAUUGGAUUAAAUUCUCCUGGAUUAGAGCUGUGAAGAAAAUUCCUUCCACUGGUACCAUGGGGCAGAGUGAGGGGUCUAAGUACCAGCCAGAGAUUCUGAGGCUAAAACCUGAAGGCUGAACUCAGGGAGGGAGUCAAGCAAGUCUCUAGGCUGACAUGGUAGUGGGGGAGGAGGGAGGGUGGGUGCACGCAGGACAGAUGUUAAAUGCUCCAGGAAUGCUUAGGGCUUACCAGCUGAGGCUAUGGAGAGUGCAGCGGGUAAAAGGACCGGUGGCUCUGGCAGUCAGGUGCUGGACAUGUGACUCUUCUCUCACUCCCGCCUCUCACCUUCACUGUUCUCCAACCUUAGCCAAGCAUGGAGAUGGGAGGUGGAGGUAGGAGCACCACGAGGACUGACAUGUUCCAUGCAUACAGUAUUGAAAGUUCAAGGGCUACCUCUCCUGAUUGCCUGUGGCAAGCCCAACAUUUAUACCAUUUACAUAGCAAACGCUUUUAUCUGAAAAGGAAACCAUUCUAAGGCAUCCUUUCUUGAGCCCAUGAAUACUCCCACAUCCCAGUCUAGGUAUUUAGAUUUAUAACAGCGCCAACCUGAGGAUAAUUUCCUAGUAGUUAAGAGUCCAGUGCCCUGAAUCGGGCUUUGCUUUCUCCCCAGUACUCAGCAUCUCAAGAGAGGUGCUCAAUGGACUAAACUGCCUGUUCCUAUUUCCUCCAAUAUAUCAGGCGAUGUUUUAAAACAUUUAAACACCACUGGGGGUUAGAAAAGCCCCCAUCUGAAGUUGAUUGUGGUGUUUUCUACUUUUAGUCCGAGUCCCGUGGGUAUUUUGUAAGGAAGUGAUACCCUUAUGUUUCAUCCAACUUUAAGGCCACCAAUGGUCAAUUGAGUCUUUACCUAACUAUGUCCCUCUAAUGGCAUUUCUUGUGUCUCUCCAUUACACUUAUAAGGACCCUGAGAGACACUGGACCCAUCCUAAGCUCCCAGUCACCCCCAAGUGGAGGUCAGAGCACUACACUUUCAGUGUUCAUCGGCCGGCUGCGAGUCUGUGACCUUGGGGAAUUAUUCUGAGAAUUCGGUAGAGAAAUGUAUUUAAAGUGCUUAUCAGGGAGCAUUGGAACAACAGUAGCUACUCUUUUUAGAACUGUUCUCACCACCGAGGUAGACCCUGUGGCAGAUGAAGCUAAUUCAGAACCCUCGAUUCUCCGUGGUGAACAUGAUGUGUGAUUUUAUAAAGUUGAAUGGACUACUUCCUAAAUGCUUUUCUUUGGACAAUCCAUUCAAGCUUACGGUAGAAAGAUAAACCGUGCCAUCCCCGAUCCCGGGAAAUCUGAUCCCAUCAACAUCUACUUCCUCUCAGCAUUCCCUGUACAGUUUUACUUCCUUGAGACGACACCAUAUACACUGACUUAGAACAUUGUUACAUUAUUAUAGUAACAAUAAACGUUAUCUCAGAAGCAUUUAUAUGUAGCUGGGGAUUAGUUAAACUGCUUUGGCUCUGGUCAGGUUGCAAGCCCUCCCAAGAGCUCUCUGGAUUCUCGAAUGAAAGACACACACACACACACACACACACACACACACACACACCAGCUAAUUUUGAUAUGCCUUGACUAUCUCAAUGGUUGGGCACUUCUAAACCUCCCCAUGGCUAGCAAACACUCCCCUCUGGUGUUCCUGAGUUAACAUCUUUUAAAAUCUAUAUUUCAUCGCUGCUACCCCAGACCCAAUCAGGGAAGUGGCCCCUAGAGCAACUUCCCUGGACUCUUACAUGCUGGCAAGCCUUUAAGUUUUAUCCUUCUGCUUCCCCUCUCCCUCGGUCCUUUCCCCUCAAAAUCUAAAAGUCCCAGCCCAUCUCCCUGCCCAGCCAUUGGCUGUUUGACAAUUCUUUAUUAUCAAUUGAAGCCAGAUGGGGGCAGGGACCCUCAGGUCUGGAAGUGCAGCUCUUGGGAGCCGAAAUAGGACAAAGCACUAGAAUCAAUCCCCGACAUUUAUAGGCUGUGAAAGGAAAAUUAUUAAAAGCAAAUGAUCGGAAUAAACUUAUUCAAAGUGGGGAUUUGAUUAAUAUUUCGCUGUUUAAUAGAAAUUACAGUUGUUUUGUUGAGUCGCUAUGAGAACUUAAGAGAGAUUAUUCAAGUCCCUUCACAAUUGAAGUAAUUCUCCGGCGUGCUGUGCAGCUCUUCUUCUAUAAAGGAUAGUAAAGGCUGAAAAGAUCCUAAUUCUCUCAGGUCCAGGCCCUGUACACAGUUUUGCUGUGUCUCGGUGGGACCCAUUCCCAUCUAUUCAUCAGGGCAGUGAGGUUGCUAUCUGAAGCACACGGCUGUCAAGCUUUUAACCAUGAGAGCGUGUAGUAAACGCUCAGGAGCUGGUCUGCCAGACUCAAUGGUAGCCAUCACCCGAGGAGGACUCUAGCACACACUGAUUGAAUCGAUACAGUUGUCCAGGUAUAAGACAGAUGUUGUCAACUAAUUUUACAGAGGGACAGAGGAAUAAGUACCACAGGCCUCCUAGUCAUGAGAUGGGGCGGGAGUAUCCCACAUUAAAAACAUGCCUGUCCGCCUUCACGGCCUCGGAUGUCUGACUACUCUUCUGUGAUUUCUCACGCUCAGUUUGUUAGGGUGGUCAGCCAAGAAAAAAUGCAGCCCAAAAGGAGCCUAGAGAAGCCGCAGAGCCAACUGAAGGACUAUAUGAAACCCACAACCAAACCACACUCAUUUCUCUAGAGAGAACCAGCGGGUGCACCGGGAAUGGGCUGCUUCGAGGGGAUGCACAACAGGAAACGCUUGGUCUCAGCUCAAGAGACGAUGGGGAGGGAACAGGAGGGCUUGCGUUUGGGGCAGGAAGACAAAACUUCUGGUCUCAAGACAUACCAAAGCCCGAAAGGAGAUACUGAGAGAAGUCAGGUCCCUUGCAAGCAUUAUCAAAAGCAGAAUUUUUUUUUUUUUUUUUGGUUCUUUUUUUCGGAGCUGGGGACCGAACCCAGGGCCUUGCGCUUAAAAGCAGAAUUCUUGACGCCUCUGCGACAUUAAACUCCUCAUUCUCAGUCCAGAGGUCUGUGUUCACUGCAUCGUCAAGUCAGACCAGAUGGGAGUCUCCGCCCAAUACACCAGGACUGCCUGGAGUGCCGUGGCCAAGGUCUCUCACAUCUUGUCCUGCUUAACUGCUAGUCACAUCCCCUUCAACCCAACCGACUGCUCCUCCUCAGCCCCACCCGAAAACUGCCCACUGAUUGACACUUGUCGUCGUCUUGAUGCCACUAUACCAAGAGUCUCCUGCCAGAACCACGCUCCCUAUUAUAGGACCAUAGGCUCUCUUGCUAUUUGCAUGGUUCCUUCGCCACAAGCAUCCAAGCUGCCCAUUGUUGGCUCCUCCAUUCCUCUCUCCUUCCCGUUACACCUGUCCUGGUGCUCCUUGCCUCAGCUCGUAUGACAUGUCCUCUUCGGGCCUAAGCAUCCGCUAUUGUUUCAAAGGGCUAUGCUACUGACCCAAAGACUGCCUCGCUGGCCAGCCCUAGCCCUGGUCUCCAUACUUGUACUUGAUUUUUCUCCUAGAAUCUGUCUAGAAAGCUUUUGACACCGUUUCUCCCACUCUUAUUGUCAUCUUUAAUGUGCAGAGUUUAUUAUUUGGGGGUGGGGGUAAACCUGCUAAUUACGUCAACUCCUGUGGCCAGUUUCAGCUCAGAGUGUCCUCACCUUACUAGGGACUCACUGAACUUAACCUGGUAGCAUGUUUUUAACAUGGUAGCAUGGUUUUGAUCCUGCCAAAAUGCAUUGGGUGUCCGUUAAAUAUUUUUAUGGUAGUCAGUAUUGUUCUAGGGUGGGACAGAUGUACUGUCACCGCCUCUUCUUUGCACGCACAUGAUCUGCUGAUCAAGAGGACUUGAUGCUUACCGGGGCCAGGAAAACAUAGAAACCAAGCAUAGCACUUUCUCUCCAGUCCUGAACUUUACACACAGAAUUCUUCUCCAUCAGCACAAUUUCAAGAGUUCUACUUGCAGAAAUCAACUUAGGUGGCUUUUAAACUUACUUGAACUCCGUCUAUGUCUGUGCAUGUAUGUGUACAUACAUGAGUGUAUGAGUGUGUAUGUGUGUCUGUGUGUGUGAGUGCGUGCGUGUGUUUAGCCCUGAAGAAGAAAAGAAAGUCGGAUUCAUUAAUCAUCUAUUUACUAGCUAUAACUUUGGAGCAUUUCCAUUCAUUUCAAAGGAUUUUUGCCAUACAACAGAGCCCAUCUUUAUAUUUAGAGCUAAUUUGACUAGUGUAUUGAUUAUAAUUUAUUCCUUCACAAAGAAAUUGAAAAGCAAAAUGAAAGGGGUAAUAAAUAUUUUUAAGAGUCAAGCCAAGCAGUGGUGGUGAACGCCUUUGAUCCUAGCACUAGGCAGGUGGCUGUCUGUGAGUUUGAGGCCAGCCUGGUCUACAGAGUGAGUUCCAGAACAGCCAAGGCUACACAGAAAACUCCGUCUCAAAAACAAACAAAAAGAGUCAAAUGCUUUAGUUUAAUUCGUUUCUCUUUUUUUAAGAUUUGUUUAUUUAAUUUAUAGGACUAUACUGUGGCUGUUUUCAGACACACCAGAAGAGGGCAUCGGAUUCCAUUACAGAUGGUUGUGAGCCACCAUGUGGUUGCUGGGAAUUGAACUCAGGACCUCUGGAAGAGCAGUCAGUGCUCUAACCACUGAGCCAUCUCUCCAGCCCCCUAAAUAAUUCUUAAGGGGAAUUUUAACACUCCUAUUACUUGACCACAGAAAAUUUUAGAAGCAGCCUUUCCUUCCCUUCUAUCAGGAAAAUUGGUGACUCUUAAGUGAAAUAAGUAGUCUAUGAAGAAAUGCCACAACUGUGCUGUGAGGCCACGCAGCCCUGGUGUGAAAUACAGACACAAGUCCCAGAGUGUUCUUGGAUUCAGCAUACAAGGAGCUGGGUGUUGACUCAUCUUACCUCCUCUUCCUGUGAGCGCUUGGGAAGUUACUCACUUCUCUGGUUCUUAUUGUUCUGCUGUGUACAACAGAAGUGCCAAUAUCUCCCAAGGUGCACAGAGAAAUUAGACUAGACAGAUAAAAAAUGUCUGAAAUGGUUACUAUUGGCUGCUGUGGGAAUUAGCAAGGAGGCCAUUAUGGCUGCGCGUCUGCCGGUUCUACAGGGACAGGAGGACUCUGGUGUAAGAGCGUGGUGCUGUGGUUCUCAUGUGUAAUAUUUUGCUUUUGGCAAGACUUGAGCCUUCAGCCUCCUUUGCGGCAUCAAUGUACUCCUGUUUGCCCUCCAUGGAGUGUCAUGAGACCUCUGCUUUGAAGGCUGUAGGAGUGUUUACACUCUGGUGUUGGGGGAGAGGGGUCCCAUCACUUCACUUUUUUACACAGAAAGCAUUUCCCAACCUUCUAACACUCUUCAGUAAACGGAGGGCUCUCCUAACCCCCAAGAAUGCACUUGGUAGUCUCCAACUGAGGAGUCAGGGACUUGGGCAGCCUCUUAGAUUUGUGUUUAUUGAACACACACUUAGGGAGAAAUUCCUCACUCUCCAGUAACAAGACAUUUUCUAUUCUGUUCAAUAGAGAACUCCUUUAAUCUUGAGAGUGGGCCCUUUUUGGAAAGCAUUCCAAAGUGCCAAUCAAGCCAAGUGCCUCCCACUGCCUUUGAACUGAAUGUGCUGAGAGCCCUGUUGGCCAUCUCCAGCUUUGGGCUGUCACAGGGCACAAGGUAAUGAGAAGGUCAUGGAUAAGUUAAAAUCUCAAGCUAUUAAUUUCAGAGAAGCUUUCAUUGGAGUGUUCCAUCAGUCAGGCUCUCAACUUUCUCUUCUGCAUCAGCUCGUCUCGGAGCUUGGUGGGGAGAGCAAUGGCCAGUACUCAGAGUCAAGGGUUGAGGUGAAAAGAAAACAAAUUGAGUGUGGACGGCCUGGGUCCUGGUCUUAGUCAUAAUCCUUUCUCCCAUCUAACUACCAAGUAUGGGUAGGAGGUUGGGAUCGUCAGCCGAAGUUUGUGAGUUAAAAGGGACAAGAAGAACUAGAUAACCUACUAACCACUGAAACUUGAUGGUGUAGUGUUAAAAUUCUUGAAUAAUCUUCAUUUGUCAAACGGGAACUCAGGAAUGAGAAAAAGCUACUUUCCCAGUUCUGGAAAGAUAGUUAACCGCACGUAAUUGUUGCAAAUAUCACCAGCUUAAGCUUUUACCCUGCUGUACCGGUAAGCCCUUGGGUUGGGACUCAGGACUAAAUAUGUCAAUGCCUCAGGUGGGACAGAAGAGGAGGCACUUGAAGCAGCUGCUCAGAGUUUCAUAUAGGCAAGCUACAAAGGAAGGGUCACACAUCCAAAUGGUAGCAGAGGUCGGAGGGCUGGGGCCGAUGAAAUAGGCCGGUGGCUAUGAGGCUACACGGAGUGGUGGGGACUCCAGAAAA